AGCAAGUCCGACGCUGCACUGUACCUCGAAGGCACCAAACCAAAGGAGGGCCGUCCGAGCUGGCACCAUCAGCGUCUCCUCAUCACCUUCAAGACCGGCGGAGCCGCGUUCGACCCCUUCGACGACUCCGCCGCCGCUGCCGCCUCUUCACCCGCAAACAAUCGCGCCCAUGUACGGAGGCAGAUUAUCGCCUCAGUCGGCUGCUCCUUCCUCUACCGCAUCCGCACCGCGCUCUUUUCCCUCUUCGUCCUCGACAGCACCUUCCGCUUCCUCCGCUGGGACCGCUCGGGGGUGUUCGUGACGGAGAGGAUUGACUACGUGAAGGACCCCACGACGCUGAUAAAGCUGCUCACAGGCUUCCUCAUGCUCGACGCCGAGUCCCAGGGCAUCGAUCCCUCGGUCAGGCUCAUCCCCGAGGCCACGAAAGAGUGGGAGGAAAUGAAGCGUGUAGGGACAAACCCCAUUUACUUCGACGUGCCGGAGCUCUCGUACGAGCCAGGUUCGGUUGUCCCGGACGACCGAAGUACUUCACCACCUCCCGACGCGUCGCCUGAGCGUCCUGUGCGUCACACCCAACAUCCGGCACCUGGGAGCUUCGUCUGGGCCCACGCGAGGCUUCUCUUCGCGCGCUCCCUCGACCACAGCUGGCCGUGGUACGCAAUCAAACUCGACGGAGAGCACUACUGGGUCGGCCGCCCGCUCUACCAGAUCGACAGCGUUGUCAGCCGCGGCACACAGGGUUAUGUCGCGUACAACCCGAAGACGAGGCGGUUUUGCUUUCUGAAGGACACCUGGCGGCGGUUGCACGAAGACCGAAUGGAAGAAGGUGCCGUGCUCAGCAUUCUCAACCAGGCGCGAGUUCGACACGUCCCCACGCUCGUCGCUCACGGCUAUCCUGGGACCUCCCCUCACACGACUCGCGUCGCCGACCACUUGAGUCACUGCACAUCGAAUGAGGACGUCGCUACUGACGAACGUCCGUCGAAACGUCCAGCCCCUCGUGACGACAACGAACUGCUGUCCAUCCAUCGCUACGCUCACUACCGCAUCGUGGUAGAGGAGGUGUGCUUGCCACUGGACGUCUUCCGCAGCAGUCGACAGCUGUUGUCGAUCAUCCGGGACAGCAUGGAGGCGGAAUCUGACGCUAUCGUAUACUGCAAGCUGAUCCAUGGCGACAUCAGCAGCGGCAAUAUCUUGAUCUGCCCCGGUUUCGACUUGUCCCAGGACAGCCUUCUACGCGUCGACUGGUUCGGGAUGUUGAAUGACUGGGAGCUGGCGAGAUACGUUUCGAAUGCGGCCUCACCUCAGCGUACGGAAAGGAUGGGCACGUUCAAGUACAUGUCUUUGGCGACCCUGAGCGACCCGAAGCACGUCGUCACCGUCGCGGACGAGAUCGAGUCCCACGCGAACGUUCUGUUGUACAAUGGCGUCAAAUACCUGCCACAUAACGUCGUCACCGAGUCCUUCCUGAAGGAUUACUUUGAC